CUCGCUGUCUUCUUAUCCCAUGCUGCCAUAGGGAAGGAAGCCUCGAGAACGGUGAGACCGUGGCGUGAGUGUAGACAGCGGCCAGUGUGUCGGGAUAAGGCUGGGCCAGCCAAGGUGAGGGUGGCUGGCGGUUUGCCCAGAGACGACCCGGACUUGAUGCCAGCGCCGGCUGUGUGCCCGACUAUCCGACCCUCCUACCUCGUCCUCCCCCACCAGCUGAUCGGGGCGGGGGCCAGAAUCAGCCCCCAGGAGGUGGUGGCUGCGGCGGCGGCAGUCCCGUCGGGUAGUGAGCGGGGCGCGGCCGUGUGCCUGGCGCGCUCCACGGCUGUCAUGUGAAUACCCUGUGGCUGCCGAGCAGCACGCCAGCAUCGCGCCAGGAAAAUCGCGUGGCCUCGUCGCCGUGUGUAAACAGCGUGGCUGCCACCACGACAGAGGCUCCGGGACGUGAGCAGCAGGGGCUGCUGUGCCUCUCGGGGACUGUGGCGGCAGCUGCUGGCCAGGGCGGGUGGGUGUGGAGGCAACGUAGAGUGAAAAUGGGCGGUCAGGAUGCCGCCGACCUGCUGCCCUGGUGGAGUCCCGGCGUGAUGCUGCCGCCGGAACAGAGCCAGCACCACCACGCCCGCGACCCACAGCGGGACCAACACCCGGACGCCCAGACCAGGCGAGAGCGAAAGGAACUUCGUCGCCAAAGGACCCACAAGGAGCGAAGACGACGGGCAGCGGGCGGCGAGGCGUGCGAGGAUGGGUGGUGGGCGUGGCUGGAGCCUGGCUGGAUGGUGGAGGCCGUGGGGGCCAUGUGGCGAUGGAGCGUCACUGCUGGUGUGGUGGUGCUGACGCGGCUGCUGGGCGUCAUCUGGAGGGGCGUGAGUGGCAGGGAGGAGCCUUGGGCCGCUUCGCUGGGCUGGAGCAACGAGCGUGACUCAAAUGAGUAUGAGUCUGGCGAGGCGCUCAGUGUGUCCGCCACGCGAGCCUCGGCCGGGCCGCGCUGCUCCCCUAGAGGAACGCCACACGCGGCCUCGCCAGACCAGCCCCCGACUCGCUCUCUGGAUAUCUCGCAACUCGUCCCGUCGUCUCCUCCUGCGACCCCCAGUCCCCCUGGGAGCCCAGGCAGCCAGCGUGUCCCUCGCUCCUCCAUGAUCCACCCGAGGAGCGAGGCCGUGGUCGCCCCACAACUUGACCCACCGGAGGAGCUCCAUGACCCGCCCAGCCUCAUGCAGGGGGCCAGCAACCCCUUCCUGCAGGCGGUGCAGGGCUUCUCCACCAUGCAGGACGAGAUGAUGCGCGCCAUCAGGGAGGCGAAGGAGACCUCCACUGCCAUGGUGCAGGCCCGCCGCAGUGAUAGCCUCUCCUCCAGCGCCUCGGUGGGUUCCUUGCCGUCGCUGGACACAUCUCUCAGUGGACGUCAGCAGGGAUCCUGUGUCAGCUCUGUGAUCAGUUCUGUGGUCAGCUCCACCAACGCUAGCCCUUCCAGGGAGCCCUGUCCCCCCUCUCCCUUGCUGACGGUCGUAGACACCUUGCAGGGAGAUUAUGACCAAAGUUUAGAAGAAGAUAUCGAAUCCUCCCUGGCGUGCCUGGAGGAGCAGCAGAACUCAGACACGGACACUGAAGUGGAGAACCUGAGCCAACAGAGCUCUGACAACGCGGGAGUCACGGUAAGGAGCACUCUCGUCCUCGAUCUCACGCGCCGCCAGUGGUCGCCGGACGCCAGCUUCCCCAAGGUGACUAGGCUGCGCCCUAGAAGGGAGGAACUGCCGUCACCGACUUGCCAAGCUGGUGAUCCGCAGGUUCAGUCUGAGAGUAAGGAGGUGAUCAAGGCCAUCGUAGACCUCGCCAAGAACUCCACUAGUGAAAACCUGGUAGCCUCAUCCUUUCCCCCGAGUGAAGCCGCCUCCGGAACGUCCCAGCGGUCACCUCAAGGACACCAGCAGGCCGCGCCACGCCAGCAUGCGACAAGUAAUGCGGUCCUCCAAGAAGCAGUUCUCGUCGGUGUCGUCAGCGGCAAGACAGACCAGCCAGAAGCGUGGGUGGAGGGGCGGGUGACGCGGAGCCCCGAGACGGCAACACUGCAACCUGAUAUUUACUCGAGUCAGGAGAGGUCAGACAAGGGCGCGGAGGGCAGCACGCCCUGGCGGAGUCCAGCAGCCCCGACCACGGCAAAGAGAGGAGUGGGCUGACUAGGAACGAGCAGCAUCACCAUGAAGGGACACAACCGCCCCCUCAUCCCCGCCUGGAACAUCCAGCCCUGGUGUCCUCCUCCCCUUUGCCUCCCGUGCAGACAUCUUUAUCAACGCUUCCAGGCCUCACCUCCCCCUCUCCGAG